AUGUCUACCACUGAGUUUGAGUUUGUUUCUGGCUUUUCCGCCAUUCGUCUAAUUCAUGGUACUAAUAAAGCAUCAGUUGAAAUCUUACUGUAUGGUGCUACAGUCGUUAGUUGGAAUGUUAAUGAUCAAAAGAUUUUAUUUUUGAGUGAUAAAGCUUCUUUCGAAAACGGUAAAGGAAUUCGUGGUGGCAUUCCAGUAGUAUUUCCACAGUUCGGUCCAGGCAAGUUACCGCAACAUGGAUUUGCUCGAACAAAGAAAUGGACGCUGGGUGACACAAAUGUAGAUAAACAAACAGGAGAUGUAACAGCAAAAUUUCAUUUACAUGAUGAUGAAGAUACGUUAAAAAUUUGGCCAUUUACAUUUGAAUUAACUUUAAGUAUUACUUUAAAAGCAAACAAAUUUGAACAAAAAUUAACUGUUAUCAAUAAAGAUGAUAAACAAUUUGACUUUACAGCUCUACUUCAUACUUAUUUUACUGUAUCGGAUAUAAACAAAACAAAAAUUUCUGGGCUAAGAAAUAUUGAUUAUAUUGAUAAAGUGGAUAAUGCUACGUUAAAACAUGAAACAAAUGAAUAUAUUGAAUUCGUAUCUGAAACAGAUCGUGUUUAUAAGAAUGGAGCAACUAACAAUAAUCUGGUAACAAUCAUUGACAAUAGUAAUCAACAACAGUUUGAAAUUCAAAUAAAGACACAAACAUUCAAUGAUUUUGUUAUUUGGAAUCCUUGGAUCGAAAAAGCAAAAAAUUCUAACGAUAUAGGUGAACAUAAUUAUUCAAAAUUUGUUUGUGUCGAAGCUGGCCAAGUAUCAAAGCCAGUUGAAUUAAAUUCCAAACAAACAUGGAAUGCAUCACAAGAAAUUUCGUUAAUAUCACAUUCCUAA